AUGGCAAUGCAGACCAGAGACCACGGUGGCCACGGUGGCCAUCAUCACCAUCACCAUCACCACCAUGGAAAUGUCUACCUCACCUCCCCGAACACCCACGACGCCGGCGUGCGGAUCACACGCAUUGGCUUGAUCGCGAAUCUCGCCAUGGCGAUUGGAAAGUUUAUCGGUGGCUAUGUUUUCCAUUCGCAGGCCUUGAUUGCAGACGCUUACCAUGCUCUGACGGAUUUGAUCUCGGAUUUUCUGACUCUUGGCACUGUCGCGUGGUCGCUCAAGCCGCCCAGUGAGCGGUUUCCAAACGGCUACGGGAAAAUUGAGAGCAUUGGGGCACUGGGAGUGAGCGGGCUUUUACUUUGCGGUGGAGUAUUUAUGGGCUUAAAUUCGGGGCAGGUUCUCCUGAACCAGUUCUUCCCCGAGGCGGCUGAGGCGAUUUCUCACCUAGAGUUGGGACACGGCCACUCCCACAGCCAUGGAGUUGAUGUUCUUGGUCCUAGCAUUCACGCUGCUUGGCUUGCGGCGGGCUCUAUUGUUAUCAAGGAGUGGCUUUACCAUGCCACAAUGAAAGUGGCGAAUGAGCGCAAGUCGUCCGUCCUAGCUUCCAACGCCAUCCACCACCGUAUCGACUCCCUUACCAGUAUCGUCGCCCUGUUUACAAUUGGCGGAAGUUACCUAUUUCAGGACGCCUCCUGGCUGGAUCCUGUGGGCGGACUGCUCAUCUCGCUGAUGGUGAUCAAGGCCGGGUUGGGAAAUACUCGAACGUCGCUUUUAGAAUUAGCCGAUACCACGGUCGACGACGACAUCAAGUCCGCCGUACAAAAGGCCGCCGCAAAGGCACUUGGAAACGUUAACGACGGCGGCGCUGUCAAGGUUCGGGACGUGCAGGGAAUGAAAUCGGGUCAGAACUACCUGAUGGAUGUUGAGCUAGCUGUGCCGGGGGUGUGGUCGAUCCAACGGUCCCGGGAGAUCGAAGAGAAAGUUCGAGCAGCCAUUGGGAUGGGCGUUCGCGGGGUCAAGCGAGUCAAAGUUCGUUUCAUUCCCCUUGAGCACGAGGAGUUGAACUUUUCGGAAGAAUUCAUUGCGCCGGAAGUUAUCAGCCAAGCGAAACCCGAGCCAGAACAGAAUGGUGAUAUUGCAGAGAACAACACACACUCUCUUGAGCAGGAGCAUGAGCAUGAGAAUACUGCUCGUAAACGGCGUUAG